GGACCGUUACCACUUUGCUGCUCCCGGGGUGCAUUGCAAGCCAAAUCCAGCACCCCGUGGCCAGCAGACCGUCAACUCCGCCCUCUUAUCUCUGCAGAUUGUGACAGUUUUGGAAGAUAUAGGUCGAUGCGAUCAAGUAUAACCGUGUGCCAUCAGAGCCAUCAGGAUGCUCUCUGCAGCUGCUUCAGGCAAAGUUGGGUUCAAUAUGGGGAUGGGAGUGGGCAGGUGUGUGUCAGCCUGUUUAAGAGGGUCCCCCAAUGCCCUGAACAGAAGGAGGGACUGGGACCCCUCUCCCAGGUACAGCACCACAGCAGCCAAAUCCAGCACCCCGUCUUUCAACUAUGUCAUCGUGGGCGCUGGCUCGGCGGGCUGCGUCCUGGCCAACCGUCUCACGGAGGAUCCCCAGGAGUCGGUGCUCCUGCUGGAGGCCGGUCCUAAGGACAGGACCCUGGGCAACGUCCGUCUCUCCUGGAAGAUCCACAUGCCGGCUGCCCUCACCUACAACCUGUGUGAUGACAAGGUCAACUGGUUCUACCACACCCUGCCCCAGGAGCACGUGAACAACCGGGUGAUGUACUGGCCCCGUGGCAGGGUGUGGGGUGGCUCCUCCUCUCUCAACGCCAUGGUGUACAUCCGGGGCCACGGUGAGGACUACAACCGCUGGCAGAGGGAGGGGGCGGAGGGCUGGGACUACGACCACUGCCUGCCCUACUUCCGCAAGGCCCAGUGCCACGAGCUGGGAGGCGACCGCUACCGGGGAGGCAGCGGGCCCCUGCACGUGACCCGGGGGAAGACGAACCACCCUCUACACCGGGCCUUCAUAGAGGCUGGCCAGCAGGCUGGGUACCCCUUCACUAACGACAUGAACGGCUUUCAGCAGGAGGGCUUGGGCUGGAUGGACAUGACCAUCUAUGAAGGUAAGAGGUGGAGCACAGCCAGUGCGUACCUGCGACCUGUCCUUACCCGAGCCAACCUGAGGACAGAGGUGCAAUGUCUGACCACCAGGAUCCUGUUUGAUGGGAGGAGAGCUGUGGGCGUGGAGUACACUCAGAACGGGGAGAAGAAGCAGGUUUUUGCUGAAAAGGAGGUAAUUCUCAGUGGUGGGGCCAUCAACUCCCCACAGCUUCUCAUGCUGUCCGGGGUGGGCAACGCCGAUGACCUGAAACAGCUAGACAUCCCUGUGGUCCAGCAUCUACCAGGAGUGGGCAGUAAUCUUCAGGACCACCUGGAGCUGUAUGUUCAGCAGCAGUGCUCUCAGCCCAUCACCCUGUACAAGGCCCAGAAGCCUUUCCACAUGGUCAAGAUUGGCCUGGAGUGGCUCCUCCAAUAUACAGGAUACGGGGCCACGGCCCACCUGGAGAGCGGGGGCUUCAUCCGGAGCAGAGGGGGCGUGGCCCACCCCGACAUCCAGUUCCACUUCCUGCCCUCGCAGGUCAUCGACCACGGCCGUGUCGCCUCCAAGAUAGAAGCUUACCAGGUUCACGUGGGACCAAUGAGAAGUGCUAGUAUUGGAUGGUUAAAGCUGAAGAGCGCCAGCCCUCUAGAUCACCCAAUCAUCCAGCCCAACUACCUCUCAACAGACACUGAUGUAUGGGAGUUCAGGGAGUGUGUCAAGCUUUCUCGGGAGAUCUUUGCCCAGAAGGCCUUCGACCCAUUCCGGGGGCCCGAGGUACAGCCAGGGCCUGAGUGUCAGUCAGACGCCGAGAUUGAUGCGUUUGUGCGUCACAAGGCAGACAGCGCCUACCAUCCGUCGUGCACGUGUAAGAUGGGUUCUCCAUCUGACCCAAUGGCGGUGGUGGACCCAGAGACGCGCGUGCUGGGCCUCGAGGGCCUCCGUGUGGUCGACGCCUCCAUCAUGCCCAGCGUCGUCAGCGGCAACCUCAACGCCCCCACCAUUAUGAUCGCGGAGAAGGCUGCUGACAUCAUCAGAGGGCGACCGGCGCUCAGCGACCCCGGGGUGCCUGUGUACCAGCCUGGAUCUCUAGAGACCCAGCGAUGAGCUUCACACAGAUGUGUGGAACCUGCAGCGUCACCAUCUCCUAAGGGCCUGAACAGCCAGAGGUGGAUGCUAGGUAUUCAUGUACACAUCCGUCGGUCUUUACCGUCAAAGUUUCUUUUUUUUUUUACGAUUUGAAAUAUGUAAAGACAAAACAGUAGCGUAAAAAGUACAGAUAAGCCUUCCAUUAUCUAACCCGUCCAUUGGUGUAAAAUUCUGGUAGAGCUUGUACCUUCCAGGGUCUCAGUGCCAGCUGUUUUUUUUUGUUUGAUAUGUAAUACUCCGCAUCAUGAAGAGGUAGUAGACUCCGUUGGUCGUCAAUAAAGUGCCACGGCAUGCUAACCAGCAGAGACUACAACCCCGAGAAUCACUUUGGAUUGCAGUGUUCCCUACUUUCCUGAUAAUGCUGGUUUUCUGUCCAGAAACAGUGAGUUUCUGAUGUGAUUUGAUCAAGUUCCCUGGGUAUUACUUCUUACAUUUAUGUUUACAAUUAUAUGAAGAUGAUUUAUAUGAAGGAUUUAAGCUUUUGAUAGUCGCCUGAGUUGCCUUGCCAAUCAUGAAAGUGUCUUUGACGUAUGUUGUCUUGAAUCUAUUGAUUAUUAUAAACUGGGUGGUUCGAGCCCUGAAAGCGAAUUGGCUGACAGCCGUGGUAUAUCAGACCGUAUACCACAGGUAUGACAAUUUAUUUGUACUGCUCUAAUUACGUUCAUAGGCAGUUUAUAAUAGCAAUAAGGCACCUCUGGGGUUUGUGUUUCAUGGCCAAUAUGCCACGGCUAAAGGCUGUGUCCAGGUACACCACGUUGCGUCAUGCAUAAGAACAUCCCUUAGCCGUGGUAUAUUGGCCACAUACCACACCCCCUUGUGCCUUAUCGCUUAAUUUGAGCAGAGCUGCAAUAAUAUGUUCCAGUAGUAUUCUCAUACGCUUGCAUAGUAUUAACCCUUAUGUUCAUGCUAGCCUUAACAAUGUGACUUCUAAGUCCACAGUUCCACCUCUAACAUCGUCAAAACAACCACUUUGCGGAUGUCGGGUAAAGUGGAUCUGAUUGAGUGGAGCCGUUGAGCUGAUUGACUCUAAGCCUUUACACGAACACUUUGCACACCGAUUUUAGCGCAGACUCAACAACCGCUGUGAUUGUGAAAAUAAUAUUCUUUAGAAAUCUUUGUAAGAUUUGAUUAUUUUUCUAAUUCCUGCCGGCUGAGUACGUAGAGCACAGCUGCUGUCCUCUGGAGGCAUUCAGUGCCGUGGAGUUUAUUCAGUUGUGAACAUUACAAAAUCAUCAGCAGUCCAUUGUAUUUCCAGGCAAAUAUUCAAGAGACUAACGUGAAUGUUAAAAAAUAAAUGUUAAACUACAUUUUUAGGUAAAAACUAAUUUGCUACUAAGUGGAAUUAGCUGUAAUGUUAGCGGAUAGAAAUCCUCAAGUACAGUGAAUCAUUUUAACCUUCAUUUACACAUUCUGUACAGGGUUUAACAUUACCAUCAACAUUUCAAUGCAUCUUUAAAACAGAAGUAGUCUGAAAAAAUAAAGCUGUGAAUUGCACAAGUUGUAUAACAAA